CUUUACCCGUUCAGACGAAUUCAAAUGAUUGCUCGUGGUCAUAUCCCAAAUCUAAUGAUCCAAUCAAAUCAGAUGCAAUAAAUACAUCUGUUUCAUUACAGUCAAAGAAUGGAAUCCUCUCCUGUAAACAAUCAUCAAGAAGACGUUCUCAACACCGUUCCGCCUUUGCCUUCUUUACAAGAUAAUCAAUCUGCAACGAUAGCCGCUGCUCAUUAUGCUCCUCCUCGUCGGGUAAGUGUGGUCGCGGCUAACGAAAAAGAAUCUCUUCAAAGAUUUCGUGGAAAUAACAACUCUCAAUCAAACGAUUCUCCGGCAGGUCCGAUUCACAUCCGCAUUGCUCGAUCAAGCAUUCCUGCAAGAAUUCAAAACGGAAUCGAAGAGCUAACCAAGCAUGCACCCCGUAAGAACAUAUUUUUGACAAAUGAGGAAUCUGAAGUAGCUCCAGCGCUGGAUAGGAGGCAAGAUGGCAAUCCGGUGUGGUGGUGGAAUAUCCGCUUUAUCGAAGAUGCAACACUAUCUUCCGGUUCAUUGCACAUUCAAGCCUCCUCUAAUAGCUUCAGCGAUGAACCAAACAAACCUUUCAAUGUCACGAUCCGCUACGUUCGUCCAUGCGAAGCGUUUAGAGGUCUUGGUCACGUCCUAGCUGUGUUGAGAAGCCCUCUGGUGAGCACAACUUCUGACUCGAUCGCAGAAGAGCAAGAAGAUGACAUUCAUUCGAUCAGUAAACGUGACGAGCAAAUAAUGAUGGAUCGACUUCCGAUCAAAGAGUCUGCAAAUUUUGAGACGCUGGGAACUAUGAUCGAUUGUAGUCGUAAUGGUGUUCUACUAGUCAAAACAGUCAAAUUUCUUCUGAAAAAGCUGUCAUUGAUGGGAUACAACAUGCUUCAACUCUAUACAGAAGAUACUUACAAGAUUGAAGGCGAACCAUUCUUUGGCUAUUUGAGAGGAGGAUACUCUGAAAAGGCGCUCAAGGAGAUUGAUGAUUACGCAUUUGAUUUGGGUAUCGAAGUGAUUCCGUGCAUUCAGACUUUAGGUCACUUGGGUCAAAUGCUUCAAUGGCCUCGAUUUUUGCACCUUCGCGAUACAUCGGAAGUCUUACUUGCUGAUGCUCAAGAGACGUACAUAAUGAUUCGCAAGAUGAUUCAAGCAGCCACCAAACCUUUUAGAACAAAGAAGAUUCAUUUGGGUAUGGAUGAAACCCAUGGUUUGGGGCAUGGACGCUACCAUUCUAUCUUUGGACAGUACAACUAUAAGGACCCAACAAGAAUCUUCAUCGAUCAUUUAUCUCGGGUCAAUGCAAUCUGCGUCGAGAUGGGCUUACAACCUUGCAUCUGGAGUGAUAUGUUAUUCUGCCUCAAUGCAAAGAACAAUUCUUUACUGGGUUAUUACGAUUCUCAACAGCCCACAGCAUCUGUCGAAGGUAUUCCCAGUAACAUUGAACUCGUUUAUUGGGAUUACUAUCACACCUCUCAACAAAGCUAUACCAGCCGCAUUCAAAGCCAUCGUCUACUCAGCAGAAAGAAUCCAUGGAUGGCGGGUGGAAGUUGGACUUGGAGUCGAUUUUGGACUGCUUUACCCUUCACAUUUGCGACGAACAAGGCCAGCAUGAAUGCUUGCAAGCAACGCAAUAGCGGAGUGAAACAUGUAUUUCUGACAAUUUGGGGUGAUGAGGGCAAUGAAGUGGAUAUUCUUUCUUCCUUACCUGCUUGGUCUUACUAUGCCGAACAUGGAUAUGAAAAGGGACAAGAAGUGGAUUUGAUCCGUCUGCGAGCAUCUUUUGAUGGUAUAUGUGCGGGAGUCUUUGACGAUUUCGUUAUGGCUUCUCGCUUGGACGAUCCUUCGCCAGAAAAACAAACAGUAGACGAUGGAAUUCAUUUUGCACCAAAUACGUCCAAAUGGCUCAUGUGGGAAGAACCUGCAUAUGGAUUUGUAUCGCCCAGUAUGCAAGCAAGUGGAUUGGAUUUGGAGCAUCACUACACAUCUUUGGCGACUUAUUUGGACGGUAGAUUGAGGGCCACGGUACAGCAGAAGUCAACAAGAGCAAACGCUUCUUCACUUCAAUCUUCAAUAGGUGAUUACCCAUUGAAUGCUAGGCUUCGAUUCGCUUAUUUGAUUGCCAAAACGUUAUCAUACAAAAGCGGUUUGCGUUAUCGUAUGCAUUUGGCAUACAUCAAUAUGAAUUGGUCAGAAUUGUAUCAAUUGGCAGGGCCGGAACCGGACAGUCGACUUUCAAAAUUAAGAGAACAUCUGCGACAAUUGAUAAGUUACCAUCGACAAAUGUGGAUGGCGACGUAUGAACCAUUUGGUUGGGAAGUAUUGGAGUUGCGUUAUGGCGGCCAAGCAUCACGUUUGGAAACGUUUCACCUUCGCAUUUCAAAAUUCUUAAAUCACAUUCAAAAAGGUGGUCAAGUUGGAAUGCCCUUGAAGAGCAAUGCGGAAGAUGAGAUGAGUGAAGAUGAAUGCGGCGAGCGGGAUGAAGAAGAGGAAGAGAUAAUGUUGAACGUAGCGGCUGGAACAGAAGUUGGUGGAUAUGAAGAAGAGGUGACAAGUGUCGCCGAACUUGCACAACCGCUACAGGUUGUGUAUAGCAGCGCAGAUCAAUUACUCGACUAUCAUCGUGUGAGCAGGCAAACAUACUGCUGAGUAAUGAAAUGACUCUCAUGCUGUAGCAUUACGAACGAUUUGUACACAAGACAACAUGGCAGCAACCUUUGGAACGCAAACUGCAUAGGAAAGCACCACAGUAACCUAUAUAUGCUCUUAGUCAUCUUUGCAAUAUUAUUGAUACACAU